AAAAUUGCAGAUGCAAACCAUAUCGACGAAAUAAAACAUCUUAAAUCAGCGUCAACGAAUAUCGAUGUGUAUUCUAAAGUUUUGUUAGAUCAAUUUGAUAACCUAAUCACACAAGAUGAGGCUGGAGUAUCACAAAGUAUUCCGGAUUUAAUCAAAACUGCUGUGCAGCAUCCGCAUUCAUACCUUUUUGCUCAAGCAUUGAUUAAACGCUUAUCUGAAGAACAAAAUGGCUAUCCACUAAGGAAAUUGGCAAAAGAAUUAGAAAAAGGUGUUUCUAAUAACAAUACGGAACUUGUUGAAAACUUAAGAAACCUAAUAGCGGCUCCACCGCUACCAAUCGCAACUUCUAUUUUACGUAUUCCACCGACUCCUGGAGAUAUAGUAGCUUUACACAGACAAUAUUCCGGCGAACCGUUACCUUCGCCUAUAUACUUGAGAGAUCCACAGUUACUUUACUGGCUCUUAAAUAAUGCAUUUGUACCAUCAGAUAAAACCGUAAAUAUGAAGCCGGACAUUAAAGAGAAGUAUCUAUAUCUUGCGGCUUAUGCUGCCUCUGCCGAAGAACGAAAUGAUGGACAGAUAGACAGCUCUAGAGUUAGCACGACAUUUGAAACACUCAAGAGACUCUCAGCUACCUUGUCGAAAAAGGGAGUUAUAGGCCUUGAAUUUAAUGCUAUCGUUCAAGAUCUUUUG